AUGCAAGCCGUGGCACAAGCCCUGGUUGACCGCGGCCAUGAAGUUGUCUGGCUAGCCAGUGCAGACAACAAAGCCCGCGUCCUCGCUACAGGAGCAACCUUCAUCGAGACUCGAGCCAUCGCCGCAGUCGACGCACCGUUUAUCAGAGAGAAUUCCACUGGUUUGCUUGACCGGCAAUUUCAUCGACUAGAGUCUCGUCUCCUGGCUCAAGUUGCAGACUAUCGAGCUAUUCUGGCAGACUUCCCCGCAGAAGCUUUGCUCGUCGAUGUGUUUCCCCAUGGAGCUCGCGCUCUCUAUGAGCUUGGAGAAAUACCGGUAUACGCAACCCUAGGCGUCAUUCCUUUCUAUACUUCGUCAGCAGCAGCUCCGUUCCCGGUGUCGGGAGACUGUCCUCCUACCUCUUGGCUGGGCCUUGUUCGAAAUGGACUGCGGCAGCUCAUCAACCGAUGGAUCCUACUUCCUUUGUUCCUGGCUCCUGUAUUGAACAGGCAGAGAAAAUUACUUGGACUGAAACGACUUCCAUUCGGAGAACCGGCAGAAUGCUUCACGUACAGUUCCUUUCUUCACAUCCAGGCUUCCUGUCCAAGCCUCGAAUUCUCCCACGACCCCAACUCAGAGCAACACAAGACAAGAGUCACUUAUGUCGGCCCUCUUGUGAGACCAUCCCCAAGAACAUCUACUCAGCUUCCAUCUUGGUGGGAAGAAGUAGUGCCGCACUCGCGAGUCGUUGGAAUCACUCAAGGAACGCUUGCCAUGAACCCUACUUCCUUGAUCAUACCCUCCGUUCAGGCUCUCAAGGACGAUUCAUCGCUCCUCCUCGUCGUUGUAUCGCCGCACGGGAAAGAAGUCGAAGAUCACGUUGGACAAGCACCAAACGUUCGAUACGCAGACUGGCUACCUUAUCACCUACUACUGCCUCAGUUAUGCUUGCUCAUCACAAAUGGCGGCUAUGGAAGCAUCACCCAGGCACUCUCACAUGGAGUCCCUCUUCUUUGUGCUGGUCAAACGGAGGACAAAAAGGACACGGCCGCGCGAAUUACCUGGUGUGGUGCCGGAAUCGACUUGAAAACCGACAACCCAACCCCAGGCCAAGUCGAGACAGCCGCGAAGAGAAUUCUGUCAGAUAACAGCUAUUCUCAGAAAGCGAGGAUUUUAGGUGAUGAACUGAAUUCACUGGGAGGUGCCCAAACUGCUUCUGAUGCUCUGGAGGCGCUUGUUGUCAGUACCAAAGAGGGAGCCACAAAGUCCAGGAAAUGA